AUUGCAGUGACCAAACUAGACUUACGAUAAAUUCCUUCCCUUCUGUCAUACUGUGCUUAUUCACCACUAAGCAAUAUUACUGAACUCUGAAUUUAUGCUGAUAUAAGGAGUUGGUAAAGAAAGAGGAUAACAAUUCAAAAGGUUAUUUCGUGGUGAAGUGAAGCACAGAAGGAGCUAAAGCUAAAAACUGAAGACCAUGAAGAAUAGAAGAAAGCUUGGCAUUUCUGCCCCCACCGUCGUCAAGAAUAUUCGAGUAGUUGUUCUGGGAAAAGAUGGUGUUGGAAAAUCUGCCUUGACUGUUAGGCUUCUUACGAAGAGAUUCAUUGGCGAGUAUGACAAAGAAUUGGAAAACACAUACAGACAUCACAUCGAGAUAGAUAACGAACUGGUAACACUGGAUAUUAUGGAUACCGCAGGAUAUAAUUCAAACGAAAAGUUGGAUCAAUGUGUGUCAGUAGGAGAUAUUUUCGUGGUUCUCUACUCAAUAACAGACAGGACGAGUUUUCUCGAGGCUGUGUGGAUAGCAAAAUACGUCAAAAACCGUAAACAACUAGACUCAACAAACCUCGUCAUCGCGGGCACAAAACGAGAUCUCGAACACUUCCGAGAUGUGCAAGACACGGAGGGAAGUAAACUAACACACGAACUGAACUGCGGGUUUUACGAGAUUUCGAUAUCGGAAGGAUUUUGUGAUACUUUGGACAUGUUUCAUGAUAUCUUACGGCAGUAUUUUGAAUCGCGCAAAGCAAAUGACAAUCUCAUUCCAUUGGCUUCUCCAACUUCGCCAACAUCACCGACAUCACCAAUCAACCCACACAAGGAAAUAAAGAGUCCGUCGUCUUGGUCCAAGGUUAAAGGACUGCGUACAAUACCUUUCCGUAGAAAAUCAGUACAGACUGCAGCGAGUUAGAUUACUUUUAGUAACAGAAUCCUCGCGUUGGUAAUACUCAAAGGAGUAGACGUCUCACAUUGAAAAACAUCAGUAAAGCUAGAUAAAUACAUAUUAUAUUUAGAUCGUCUAGCAUUGUGGACUUUCUUUUUUGAGCUUCCUGUGGAAGGCGACGGAAGAGGGGAACUGUCUUGCUUUCGUUUAGUCGCCCUCGGUAAAAUUAUCAUAGACACAAGCAGCUCACUAAUAUAUGUAUAGACUGUAGUGUCUCUAAUCACGAAAAUUAGUUCUUCCUCAAGGGAAAUAUUUAAUGAUUUUAUAGAACUGAGGUAACUAAGCUAUCAUGAGUCCACUUAGCGAUAAAAGUAAUAAAUACGAUAAAACUUU